GUCGGAAAAAGGAAUCAUAAGGAAUGUUGUGAGAGCAAAAGAAAAGAAAAAAAAAACAUCAUCCGUUGAGUAUCUCUAUCCUUCCAUCAUUUAAGAUGCCCUUUGCUUCUCGUCCUUCUCGUCCUCGACUAGAACGGAUCUAUUCUCUCCUCGGCUGAACGUCGACCACUCAUCACCCGGCUGUCGUUACCUCUCACCUCUCACCUCUCCCUUGCAAUCGUUACAAUACUCUUAAAAACUCCCUCCUCACUCAUUCUCUCCCGCUGCGAUAGCUAAACCAUCAUCAUCAUGGUUCCUGCUGCUGGUGCUUCUGCCGGGCCUGCCGGGCCUGCAGCGAAGCUCCGAAAGACGAGGUUGGUUGGCCCUCACAUCAGUGAAACUGUAAGUUUGCUCCAAAGCUUGGUUGCCGAAAAUGUGAGAUGCUAAUGGUCUAAUACAGCCAAUCACCCUAGGAAACCUAUGGCAACAUAUCAACAAACUCAACGCCACCCUCAUCGUCCUGGUUCCUAUACUCGGUGUUUGGGCAGCUUUCUACACUCCCCUUCGAACACCAACCCUUUGCUGGGCCGUCAUCUAUUAUUUCUGGACCGGUUUCGGUAUCACGGCCGGAUACCAUCGUCUUUGGGCUCACACCUCAUACUCUGCGCGCCUUCCUUUGAAGAUCUUCCUUGCAGCUGUCGGCGGCGGUGCAGUUGAGGGUUCUAUUCGCUGGUGGUCCCGUGACCACAGAGCUCAUCACCGUUAUACCGACACCGACAAGGAUCCCUACAGUGUCCGUAAAGGGUUGUUGUACUCCCAUUUGGGAUGGAUGAUUCUUAAGCAGAACCCUAAGCGCAUUGGACGUACCGAUAUUUCUGACUUGAAUGAGGAUCCCGUUGUUGUCUGGCAGCACAAGAACUACCUUGCUGUAGUCAUCUUCAUGGGUCUCGUCUUCCCCUCUCUCGUUGCUGGAUUGGGCUGGGGUGAUUGGGUUGGCGGAUUCGUCUACGCCGGUAUCCUCAGGAUUUUCUUCGUGCAACAGGCAACCUUCUGUGUCAACUCUCUUGCUCAUUGGCUCGGAGACCAACCAUUCGAUGACCGCAACUCUCCUCGUGACCACGUUAUCACUGCCCUUGUCACUCUUGGCGAAGGAUACCAUAAUUUCCAUCAUGAGUUCCCAAGUGACUACCGUAAUGCCAUCGAAUGGCAUCAAUGUAAGUUUUUUUCUUGGCUUUUAGCCAACACGUUUUUAAACAACCCAUUAAUAAUGUCUUAUAGAUGAUCCUACCAAGUGGACUAUCUGGGUCUGGAAACAGCUCGGUCUCGCUUAUGAUCUCAAGCAGUUCCGUCAAAACGAGAUCGAAAAGGGCCGUCUUCAACAGCAACAGAAGAAGCUCGACCGCAAGCGUGCCACCUUGGACUGGGGUGUCCCUCUUGAGCAGCUUCCUGUCAUGGAAUUUGAGGACUACCAGGAGCAGGCCCGUAAUGGACGCGCCCUUGUCCUUGUUGCCGGUGUUGUUCACGAUGUUUCCUCAUUCAUCAAUGACCACCCUGGUGGAAAGGCCAUGAUCAACUCCGGGGUCGGAAAGGACGCUACUGCCAUAUUCAACGGCGGUGUCUACAACCACUCCAACGCUGCACACAACCUCCUCUCUAACUUUCGUGUAGCCGUCAUACGCGGUGGCUGUGAGGUCGAGAUCUGGAAGCAGGCCUCUAAGGAGAACAAGGAUGUUGAUGCCGCUCUCGACAGCAAUAACCAACGCAUUGUCCGAGCCGGCAACCAGGUCACUCGGAUUGCAGAACCGAUUGCUGCAGCUCCCGCGUCAUAGGCGAAUGUAGAUAUAUUUUUACUACUCUGUUCUUUAUGUUUCCUCUUUCUUUUGCAUCCUGGUACGGAAUAAAUGGGGUGAGUGGGGUUAAUUUGGACUUUUGCAACGAAGGAGAAAGAUCCAACGAAGUAGCGACUCAUUGACAAAUUUCCAAAUCAUGGGUCAGCACUGUAUGAUUUUCCUAUUAUUUUUUCUAUAAAAAAAAUGGGUCCCGGCGUCUUGAGAAUUUUUAUUUUCCUGUUUCUGGAUACUCUUAUCUGUUUUUAUUUUCUUCCACUUUCAAGAACGAUUGUGUGUCUCUCUAGCUGGAUUGGGAGCGGUGGUGAUGGGAGAGAUGGGAAGCGGCAUGAUUGGGGAUCGGUUUUUUUGAGAGGGAUCGCUUAGGAUGUAUAUAGCCCUCCAAAAGUGCAUUCUUCGGUUUGCGAGAUCAUAGAUAUCUCUGCUCUCACAAAAGCUUUUACGGCAGCUAAUGUACCGUGUGUCUUCUCGG